AUGCCGUUGCUCAAGUUCAGCUCGCUCGUCGGUCUCAUCGGCUUUCUUUCAACAGCCGCAGCGGCGGUAGUGAGCGCUCGGCAGACAUCCUCGGAGCCAGGAACUUACGAUUACAUUGUAGUGGGCGGGGGGCUGAGCGGGCUCGUUGUUGCCAAUCGCUUGACUGAAGAUGCAGGUGUCUCUGUUCUGAUCAUUGAGAAUGGCGUCAUCGACAACAGACCCACGACAAGCGUGCCUUACUUUGCCAACAUCAACGCUGAGAACUAUUACCCCAUUACGUCUGCGCCAGAGCCUUUCAUGCAGAACAAGACCUGGAUGGUGCAUGUAGGUAAUGUUGUUGGCGGUGGCUCAGUGGUCAACGGAAUGCAAUGGGAUAGAGGUUCCGAUGCAGACUACGAUGCAUGGGAGCAGCUGGGAAAUCCGGGAUGGGGCUAUGAAGGCCUCGCGAAGUACUUCAAGAAGUCUACUCAUUUUGAUGGCCCCUCGGAAGCAGUUCGCCAGCACUUCAACAUGACAUUUGAUGCCAAUGCAUAUGGUGACGGUCCAGUCAAAGUAUCGAUACCGAACUACCAGUACGAGGAUUACGUCGACAUCAUGGCCUCUUUUGUAUCCCGGACCGACAUACCGCACUCACCGGAGGGUCUCAUUAGACCGAUUGGCACGUUCUGGACGCCAAACUCCAUCGAUAAUUCCACCAAGCAGCGAAGCCAUGCUCGCAGAGCCUACUACGACCCAGUUCAAUCACGAAGCAACUUGCAUCUUAUGACCAAUACACACGUGGACGAGAUCCUAUUCAAAAACGGUACUACGCUCGCGGCAAGUGGUGUCAAGUAUACAUCGAACACCGGAUCCUUAACCGCAUCUGUCUUCGCAAAGAAAGAAGUCAUACUUGCAGCCGGGAGCGUCUUUACACCGCAUCUGCUCAUGCUGUCAGGCAUCGGUCCAAAGGAUGACCUAUCCGCUGCUGGGAUCGCCGUGAAGAAAGACCUUCCGGCAGUUGGUUCGAACUUCCAGGAUCACCAAGCCUUGUACAUGCAAUUCAACCUCUCCAAUCAGUCCAUCCCUAAUCCCGACAUGCUCGUCACAAAACCCGACCCAGUCUUCAACGCCACAGCUGCCGAUCUGUACGAGGCUAACCGUACGGGCCCAUGGACCUUUGGACGAGGCAAUGCCGUACUCUUUCUUGCAUUCAAGGAUUUCUCGGACAAGUACGCCAACAUAACCGCCCUCAUCUCUGAGCAAAAUGCCACUACCUACCUACCACAACGCUAUUCAAAGAUCGAUGCCCUGCUGAAGGGCUUUAUUGCACAGCGCAAGAUUCUCAUCGAGCACUACCUUUCCGACGACGCGGCCACGGGUGAAUACCCGAUCCAACCCUGGGGUCGGGCAGCUACUGCAGUACAGAAACCUCUCUCGCGCGGUAUGUUGACCCUCAACACCACGCAUCCACUAGCAAAUCCGAUCGUCGUCCGGAACGCAUUCCAGAACCCAGUCGAUAAAUUAGUGCUUGGUGAGCUCGUGCGCUGGAACAGGAAGCAUUGGACGACCGCACCCCUGUUGAAGCGCUAUGCACCCGUCGAAGCCGUGCCGGGCGCGCGGUUCGAGACCGACGAUGAGAUCUUUGACGCGAGCAUCAAGGCGGCUGCUUUGAAUCCGACGUAUGCGCAUUCGAGCGGCGCAUGUGCGCUGAUGCCAGAAGAGUUGGGUGGAUGUGUGGACCCGCAAUUGAGAGUCUAUGGCGUGGAAGGAUUGAGGGUGGUGGACGCGUCGAUCCUGCCGUUGAUACCGGCGGCGCACCUACAGGCAACGAUGUAUGCUGUUGCGGAGAAGGCUGCGGACAUUAUCAAAGGAGUUUGA